UGCCAGGCUUCCGCGUGGUGGGCAGUGCGGGCGUCCCAGCACUGAGUUCUGCCCCGGAGAAGCCGACCCCUCCCGCAAUGCCCGCCCCGCCGUGCGCCUCCUGCCAUGCCUCACGCGCCGCCCUCCGCCGUCCGCGCUCGGGCCAAGCGCUGUGCGGUGCCUGCUUCUGCGCCGCCUUCGAGGCCGAGGUGCUGCACACGGUGCUCGCCGGCCGCCUGCUGCCGCCGGGCGCGGUGGUGGCGGUGGGCGCCUCGGGCGGCAAGGACUCCACGGUGCUGGCACAUGUGCUGCGUGCGCUGACGCCGCGCCUGGGCAUCUCACUGCAGCUCGUGGCCGUCGACGAGGGCAUCGGUGGCUACCGGGACGCGGCGCUGGCGGCCGUGCGGCGCCAGGCGGCGCGUUGGGAGCUGCCGCUCACGGUCGUGGCCUACGAAGACCUCUUCGGGGGCUGGACGAUGGACGCCGUGGCCCGCAGCACAGCCGGCUCCGGCCGCAGCCGCUCCUGCUGCACCUUCUGUGGAGUGCUGCGGCGCCGGGCGCUGGAGGAAGGGGCACGCCGCGUGGGAGCCACGCACAUCGUGACAGGUCACAACGCCGACGACAUGGCGGAGACCGUGCUCAUGAACUUCCUGCGAGGCGACGCGGGGCGGCUGGCCCGGGGCGGGGGCCUGGGCUCUCCGGGCGAAGGGGGCGCCCUGCCGCGCUGCCGCCCGCUGCAGUUCGCCUCGCAGAAGGAGGUGGUGCUGUACGCGCACUUCCGCCGCCUCGACUACUUCUCGGAGGAGUGCGUCUACGCGCCCGAGGCCUUCCGUGGUCACGCCCGGGACCUGCUCAAGCGCCUGGAGGCGGCGCGGCCGUCGGCGGUGCUGGACCUCGUGCACUCGGCCGAGCGCCUGGCGCUGGCCCCAGCCGCGCGGCCUCCACGCCCCGGCGCCUGCUCCCGCUGUGGGGCCCUGGCCAGCCGCGCGCUCUGCCAGGCCUGCGCGCUCCUGGACGGCCUGAACCGCGGCCGGCCCCGCCUGGCCAUCGGCAAGGGCCGCCGGGGGCUGGACGAGGAGGCGACGCCGGGGACGCCCGGGGAUCCAGCCCGGCCCCCCGCCUCCAAGGCCGUCCCCACCUUCUAGCGACUUGGGGCCUCCCGCCGGGAUCUGACGCCCCGCGGUGGGGGUUGCCUGUAAACGACACUGUGAAUAAACCCCGUUACCUUACCGGGCCUUCCAUGUGGGGUUGGGAAGGAGAUGGGGGCCCGCUGACCUGAAACUCUGAAGAAGCUGGGAUCCCAGACUUCGGGGUCUCAGGAAGGAAGGGUCUCGAGCUGCCAGUGCCUCUGCUGGUUCUGGGUGUUCUCAGGAGGGUCUUGACCUGAUGUUUCCCGUUUGCCCGCAGUGGGGUAAGCAGAGUGACAUGACUUGAUGGACACGCGCCUUUCACAGCCCCCGUCACGAUGCCUCCCUUCCAGCGCUUCUUGUGCAGUGCACGCUGCACCCUCAUUUCGUCUCCACCACGGCCUCACUGGCUGUAGCCUGAAGUGGUAAAUGGCCCUAAGACACCCAGUCGGAAGGGGUCACACCGAGGGCUCCCUCCAAAGCUCUCGAGGAUCGAAGAUCGUGGAAUUGGCCCUCCCCCACCCAUCCCCUCCCGAAUCUCUCCUGGUAUCUCUGUCACGGGAGAGGAGGGGCUGGAUGGGUUCCCCAAACCUUGGACUCUGGAAGCAGGGUUGUGUGAGCCUGUCGGUGACUUAGCCUCUUUCAUCUCCCAUUUCUCCUCUGAAAAUGGAGUCAGCCCCCUUGCCCCCCACCUGCCCCCCCGCCCUCCCCGCAUCAAGGCACCAUUGGGAGGAAGCUGAAGAGCAGAGAAGUUGAGGUGCUCAAUAAAUGGUGACCACUUGGA